AUGAGCUCACCUUUGUCAAUGUUGAAGAAAACGAAGCGCAUUCCACUCCAAGGACCUUUGAUCCCGCAAGGGGGCGGAGGAAGAAGGGAAUCCCUCAAGGGGGGUCUUUCCACAGGGAGGCUUUCAGCAGUGACAACCCACCAACACGGUGGCCAUCACGAAUAUGGGACCACAGAGGCCGUAGACGACUCCCCUGAUGUACAACGCCCACCUGUGCCCCAUGCUCAGCCCACUGAAACCGUCUCCACCUCUACAUUAAAGGCCUCGCUCAAGAAAGGUAUUACUCCACCAACUGACCCUGAGCUAAUGUCCUCCAUGAUUAAGUGUCUGACUCAGUUGGAGAUAAAGGUGAAGGGUCAGGCACAAGAGAUUGAACGCAAGGAGAAAAAGAUUUCUGUCUUGGAGGGGAAACUGAACAGGCUUCAAAAAUCAGAGAGAGCAAGUGAUGCGGAUGAUAAAGACGAUCUUGUAAGGACCUGCCACCGCCUGCAAACACAAGUAUCUGAAAUGGAAUGCUUUCUGAGUGACUACGGCAUGACAUGGGUGGGAAGUGGGGAGACCUGUGACACAGCCUGCCAACAGGAAGGAGUCAAGCACACCCAGACCCAGAGCCCAGAGAAAGGUUAGUGGUAUCCGGGUAACACCUGCAUGGAUACAAACUUCCACGUGAACUUUGACCUCGUGCUGCAGAACAUCAAGGAGCUGAACAUUGUGGCUGGAGAGGGGGAAUGUUUUGUAAAAGCGACAGCCAAGGGUGCACAGUUAGCCAAAAAGGACCCCAUUCAGCUAAGGCUCUACAGAAAUGGCAUCUUAAUGUUUGACGGGCCCUUCCGCUCUUACCAAGAGCACAGCACUCAGCGGUGCAUGCAAGAUCUGAUGGAUGGAUAUUUCCCCUUGGAGCUUCAAGAGAGAUUCCCUGAUGGAGUGCCUUUUGAGGUUCAUGACAGACGAGAUGAGGACUUUAGUGUCAGAUGGCCAUGGUCAAAGUUUCCAGGGAAGGGACUAUCUGUUGACGGGGCGACGGAUAAAGCACUAUUUUCAAACACUUUCUCCUCUCAAAUACCAGGGAGGAAACUGACUAUGGAUCAGUUCCUGAGCAGGUUGCCAAAGGUAGUAGUCAAAGCUGGUCAGGUGAUUGACAUCAGAAACUCACUGAGGGCUACCCUCCAGGGUUUAUCUGAUGACCAGAAGAACAGUUCAGUGACUCUCAUAGAUACUCCAGCGCUGCAUGCUGUGAAAGAGAUACUACAGAUGUGCGACUCCGAUCAGCCUCCGUCUAUCCCAGAUGUCACCACACUCAGGGUGAGGUCAGAAAAUGGGGAUCACAAUUACAUGCUGAAAAUGCACUUCUCAGAAACUAUAGGCCACCUUCGACAAUAUCUGGACACACACAGAGGGACACAUUUAUCAGGAUAUGACAUCAUCAGUGUGCUCCCAAAACGCUGCUACGACGACGACUGUGAGGAUCUCCUGUCUUGUGGACUCACACCCAGUGCUACACUGUUGUUACAGACUACACACAGCAAACGCGAACCAAUUCCUCCAAGUUAAAAGACUGAAAAUACUUUUUUUUUUUCAGGUAUACUAGAUUCCAGUUAAAUUAGUAUGCUUGUAGUAGGUUUGAUGAAAAAGGGAGCUUUUUGAAAUUGAUCUUUAUAUCUAUUAAAUUAUAUAGGCACAUGAUCCACACAUAGAUUUGGUUACAA